AUGGUGCCACAAGAACACAUGCUGAAGGAUGCCUUGCCUCUUUUUGCCAGAUUCAUCAUCAGCAAUGGGCUGAGAACUAAACAUGGAGAAUUUGAGAUCCUCCUGGAGACAGUGGACCAAGCUUUACCCAGCGUGGUCAAAAACAAGGGCCUGAGACUGUUUGAAGGCAGCACGGCGCUUCUUUCUGCAGAUAUUCUCCAACUUUCAGACCCAGAUACGCCGCCACAAAAUCUUUCUUUUCUCCUAACACAGUUCCCUCAAUACGGUCAACUCUAUAACAGGGAAACUGGAUUAUGGCAGCAAAACUUCAGCCAACAAGAUGUGGACAAUCUGAAUGUAGCCUAUAGACACGGAGGAGGUGGUUCUCAGAUGGACAGGUUUUCAUUCAUGGCAACAGAUGGAGUAAAUCAAGGAUUUCUUGUAAACAACAGGCUACAAGUAGACCCCUUGCCAUUUAUUAUUCAGGUCGAUAGCCCAGCAAACACAGCCCCAGAAAUUGUUCAUCUUCAUACAAUUUCAGAUGUGGAACUUUUGCACAAUGGCAACUAUGGACUUUACAUUACAACGCGGUCCUUGAAAGCAUCAGAUUGUGAUACUGAAGAUGAUCAAAUGGUUUUUAAAAUUUUGCGAGGUCCUCAGUAUGGUUACUUGCAAAAUAUAACAACAGGAGAAAUUAUUCAAGAGCAAUUCAGCCAGAAAGAUUUAAAUCGCAAAAUAAUAUUUUAUGUCAUUGAUCCUUACUGGGAGGAGAAUUCAGAUGAUCUGGAAUUUCAGGUUGUGGAUCCUGAGGGACAUUCUGCUCUCCCCCAAAUGUUAGAACUAAAAUGGUCUAAAAUUGAACUGCAGCAAGAUAUGUAUGAAAUGUGUGAAAAGGAGGAGAUGCUAUCUUUAAAAAUCACCCGAUCAGGAUUCAUGGGAGAUUCUGCUUUUGUGACAGUGAAGGUUAAUGAAAUGACUGCUUUAUCAGGAAAGGAUUUCAUCCUGCCUCCUUCCAAACUUAUCCAGUUUGAUCCAGGAAUGUCAAAGAAGAUGUGGAAUAUAGCAAUUACCUAUGAUGGAUUAGAGGAAGAGGAUGAGGUCUUUGAAGUGGCUCUGCUCUCCCCUGUGAAUGCAGUUCUUGGCACUCGGACAAAAGCUGUAGUGAGAAUUUUGGACUCGGAAGGAGGUCGAUGCAAUUCAUUCCAUUCCUCAAGCCAAAAUAUUCAGAACUUACGGAUGAAAGAAAGUCUGCCUCCAGGUUCUCCUUCAUCUUCCAGACACGGCAGUGUUAAUUUGGAAAGAAUCUUGCUACCCCCUUCCAAAGAGAUGAUAGCACAGAGUUGGGACAAGCCACCCAAAUUCAGCUCAGUGAAUCUUGUGAGGAACCGGCUACGGGUCAUCGGAAAUGGCAAAUUAAUUCGCCCCUCUUUUAUAUUUCAAAAUGGCACAGAUGAGUUUUUCAAAUACCAUGGGAUGACAGGGCUAAAAGUAGAUGAGGACAAUCCUUUGUCUAGAGAAACCAAGAUGGGAUCUGUAUCUCUAAGAAGCCACAGAGAGCCAAGAAAAAAUGCAGCUUCCUCCAAGCAAAUGGAAGUUCUUCAGGCAGACUCCAGCAUUCGGGUCGGCAGCCUUUCCUUUCCAAAUAGAUGCACACCAAAUUUGAAGGGUCUCUUGUAUUUUGAAGAAAAUAUACAGAAGAUGUUUCUGUGUAAUGGUACCGCCUGGACAUUAUGGAACUCCUCAAACAAAGAUAUUAAAAUGAAAACAUGUCAGUCAGGAUGGACCUAUCAUGAUGGAAGAUGCUACAUCCUAAUCACUCAGCCAAAAGCCACAUGGGCAAUUGCUGCCCAAACUUGCAAGAAACGGUACUAUGGAGAUUUAGUAAGUGUGGCUUCCAAAUCACACAUGCGCUGGCUCUGGAAUUUCAGUGGAAAAAGACCUUUUUGGAUAGGUUUGAAUGAUCAACGAAACCCAGGUCAGCUGACAUGGAGCAACAGGGAACAUGUUAUUUUCACAAACUGGAGAAGAGGCCCACCUCGUCUUUCAAAGCAAAGGAGGAACUGCAUUUUAGUACAACAGCAAGGAAAAUGGCAAAGAAAAGACUGUCGGAAGGGCAAAGCGUACAGUUAUAUAUGUUCCACAAAGUUGUGAACAAAAUCGAUAGUUCGAUACCUACUUGGCCUUCUAUGUGAUAAAAUGGUUUUAUUUUCAGGCAGUUGGAAGUGUUGAUGGAACUUAUAAAUGAACAGUUGCUUGGUCCAUUUGCAAAAAUUCCUAUGUGAGAAAAGGAUUCAAAUGUGAUGCAAGAUUUUGUUUUCUGCUUGCCAUCCUAUCUUCUCUUGCUCUCCUGUGUUUGUGGUACAAUGGCUAUGUGUCAAGAAUCAAAUGUAUUGGUUCUAGAGUUCAUUUCUGUCUCUUUCAAGAGAUCCUAUAUAUAAAGGUACUAAAAAGGCUAAAUGGAAAGAGCUUUGAGUUGAGUAUAGACAUUAUAUCAUGUGCUCUUCACCAUCUUUCUUGGGUAGGACGUUUCAUCCACCACAACUGUUAUUUAAAAAUUUAGGCAAUAUCCUGCUCUUCAACUUGGUCAAAUGAGACUGAUUGCAGAUAUAUUGAACGCACACAAAAAAAGAACAUUAUGUCACUCCAUAAUGCCAUGCCCAUUUUAUAAUACCUGGAUGUAAACUUCCAACAAAUGUCAAACAUUCCUUUAACAAAAUUGCAUCAUAUUAUUCUGUGAUAAAUUUCUGUAUUUGAGACAAAUGUAGGAGCCAUGGUGGUAUAGUGGUUAGAAUGCAGUAUUGCAGGCUAACUCGGUCUACAAUCAGGAGUUCAAUCCUGACUGGCUCAAGGUUGAUUCAGCCUUCCAUCCUUCCAAGGUGAGUAAAAUGAGGAGCCAGAUUGUUGAGUAAACCACUCAGUGAAUGCUGUAAAGCACUGCGGAAUGUAAGUCUAAGUGCUAUUGCUGAAUGUCAAAGGAACUUUCCAAUUCUCAUGGUAACAAAUUCAAAUGUGUUCCCUUUAAAAUAGACUAUGAGUUAUGAAUAUAAAUUCUGAAGCAUUGUAGGAUUUCCCUGGCCAUCUAUGUUAGUUGAUUUCCCAACAGAAGCCUAUUAACUUUUGCUAUCAUCCCUGAUCAGCUCUAAGCUUUGUUUGCAUGUAAAUUUCUCUGGCCUCUCUUUGAUAGUUUCUUUUCCUUUCCUUUCUUAACAUUGGAGACCUUCUGAAUGUCCAUUCAACUUUUUGCAACUUUGUGAUGUGUCGAGACUCCAGCCAACCUAGUCAGGAAUUCUGGAUGCUGCAGUCCAACACAUUUUUAAGGUGCUAGACUGGGCCAGACAAAUUUGAGAAGUUCUACACAUUUCCCAAUCCUCUUGUGUGGAUGCUUGCUGGGAAGAAUUUUCCUGCAAGUGGGAGGUAGAAUUUGAAAACAAAAUCCAAUUGCACAUAAAAUAUAGAUAGGAAGAAUAUAUGUAAAGUUCUUAUAGACUGGAAUGUGUUGUAGAAUGUGCAAAGUACACUUGGAAAUCUACCUGAGUUAUUAUAAAAGCCUGGAAUUGAAUAAAUAUUGUGACAAAUUCUGAAAAGGGAAAAAGAGAUGUACUAACAAAUCAUUUUUUAAAAAAACUCCCUGCAAUUCACUGACAUGUCAAUAAUCUUCUAAUACACCCUUGUAUGUAACAAGAAACUGCUUGUUGGAAAAAUAAUGUAAUUUUUGGAAGUCCAAUUUUACCUUGCAUUAUUCCAUAUUGAUAAGUAGCUGAAAUAUUUAUAAAUAUAACAAUCCAUUAUGGGCACAUAGUUUUCUCCCCUUUUUUAGUGGCACUAAAAAUAGACACCCCACCCCCUGCAUUGUGUAUUUCGAGGGAUAGAAUGAAUUUAGAUAAAAUAGUACCUUUACUGCUGUAGGUUUGGUUUUAUUUGAACUUAAAAGGUGCCAAUCUACUUUUGUACCUUAAAUGGCAUGUG